UAAAGAAGAAACAAAACUGUAUUUAAGGUAGCGUCUGUUGUUGUUGUUCUCUCUCUCUCCGUGAGUCUGUUGAAAACUUUGAAAGAAAGAAGAAAAGAGAGACAACCUUGGAACCACGAUGAUGAUGAGACAGGAGGAGGGUUCGAUGAUUCUGCCAUGGUUAUUGUUGUUCUUAUUAUUCUCGAGCUUCUCUGAUGGAUUAGGAUUACUCACAUCUCAUCCUAUGCUUGACCGCUUGCCUGGAAGUAGUAGUAGUGGUAAUUACUUGACUCAGAAGGAGUUCUGGUUCAAUCAGACUCUCGACCACUUCUCUCCCUUUGAUCACAGGCAAUUUCAGCAGCGAUAUUAUGAAUUCCUCGAUCACUUCCGGCUUCCAGAUGGACCUAUCUUUUUGAAAAUUUGUGGUGAAUCUUCUUGCAAUGGGAUAACCAAUGACUAUAUUAGUGUUUUAGCAAAGAAGUUCGGAGCAGCAGUGGUUUCUCUUGAGCAUCGCUACUAUGGAAAAAGCUCCCCCUUCAACUCAUUGAAGACAGAAAAUUUGAGAUAUCUGUCAUCUAAGCAGGCUCUUUUUGAUUUGGCUGUAUUUCGUCAGUAUUACCAGGAAUCUUUAAAUUCAAAGUCCAAUAGAGAAAAUGUUGAAAAUCCCUGGUUCGUUUUUGGUGUCUCAUACCCAGGAGCUCUUAGUGCAUGGUUCCGUCUUAAGUUCCCACAUUUAACAUGUGGAAGCCUUGCAAGUUCUGCAGUUGUUCUUGCUGUUUAUAACUACACUGAAUUUGACAAGCAGAUUGGCAAGUCAGCUGGUGCGGAAUGUAAAGCUGCAUUACAAGAAACUAAUGAACUUGUUGAACAAAGACUUGCAACAGAUGCAAAAGCAGUGAAGACAUUGUUUGGUGCAGCUGAGCUUGAGAUUGAUGGCGAUUUCUUUUAUUUUCUCGCUGAUGCUGCUGCGAUAGCGUUUCAAUAUGGAAAUCCAGAUAAACUGUGCUCCCCUCUUGUUGAAGCAAAGAAGGCUGGAGAUGAUUUGGUGGAUGCAUAUGCUAAAUAUGUGAAGGAAUAUUAUCUUGGAAGUUUUGGUGUUAAUGUCCAAACAUACAAUCAGAAACACUUGAAAAACACUGCUGUUAGUGAAGAUAGUGCUGACCGGUUGUGGUGGUUCCAAGUUUGUACUGAAGUUGCAUAUUUUCAGGUGGCACCAUUAAAUGAUAACGUUCGCUCCACAAAAGUUGACACAAGAUACCAUCUGGACCUUUGCAAAAAUGUCUUUGGAGAAGGCAUCUAUCCUGAUGUUGCUGCAACAAAUAUUUACUAUGGAGGCACAAAAAUUGCCGGUUCAAAAAUAGUUUUCACCAAUGGUUCACAAGAUCCCUGGCGUCACGCAUCUAAACAGACUUCAUCGACAGAUAUGCCUUCCUACACCAUAUCUUGUCAUAAUUGUGGCCAUGGCACCGAUUUACGAGGAUGUCCCCAAGCUCCUUUAAACAUUGAAGGCAAUGCCGAGAAAUGCAGCUCUCCUGAUGCAGUCAAUAAAGUAAGGCAACAGAUCGUGGAACAUAUAGAUUUGUGGCUGUCACAGUGCCAAGAUGCAGCUAGGAGUGCUAUCUGAUGUUUGGAUCAUAUAAAUGUGUAAAAUGAUUAUUUAACUAACCUUGAUGUUGUGCUUUAUAUCUUCUGAGCAGAUCUUUAUAUGCAAAUAUAUCUCAGAUAUUGCCAGAUGAGUUGCAAUCUUAUGGACAUCAAACCUGUAUAUAUUUAUAAACAGUAGUAAUUUAGAGGCACGGUUGGUAUUACUUCUGUAAAUUUGUUGUAUACCUAUCAUAUCCAGAUAAAGGUAAUUACUUGGUGAA